CUCUUCCUCAGUCGCUGUGGCUUCAACAAUCUCGACACGGACCUAAUUGACACUACUGGUCCUGUGACAGCUGCCAGCUUGCUGGAGGCGAAUCAACGUGAAGAAGAGACAAGGCUUGAGGUUGAGAGGCUUACGGCAGAGAUACGGACAUUGAAACUGCAGAUACUGCAACUGACAGGUGGACCACCAGGACACAGCGAGAGUUCUUCCUUAAUAAACGCUAGUGAUGUUGGCGACUGUUUGGCAGCACGUCGUCAAGUAGAAUUUGCAGAGAUCACUCAGGGUCUUCCUCUAAACAACGAAUAUGAGUUGAUAGCCUUCAGCCACUUUACCUUCUCGAGACUUUACCCAGUGGACCUGGGUUUAGGCAAACGAGUCGUAGAGAAGCCAAUUGGCUUCAAGAGAAAAGAUCUGUUUGAGGCUUUAACCAAAGCUGUUGAAACCUUGAACAUGAACGUGUCAUCCCUUUCACUGAAAUAUACCCUCGAGGACUUCCUCGAAGGACUCUAUAGAAUCGAACCAACCACAGGAACGCAGUAUGAGAUGUACUUUAGAACAAAAAACCUGAAUAAAAGUGCUGCACAAGUGACGCCUUCGGGUUACACUAAGAUUACCUUAAUGAGGCCUUAUGCUCCUAUUCAGUUUGUCUCAACUGAAAGGCAGCAACACGCUAAAGAGAAGGAACUAAUCCACAUUAUCCUACCUCUCUCAGGACGAACAAGCACUUUCCAGAGUUUCAUGGACAAGUUCGUUAAAAUCGGUCUGAAAAAUGAUAGGAGAGUGCAUCUGACUGUUGUUUAUUUUGGAACUGAGGGCUUGUCGGAAGCGAGAGCGAUCAUGUCUAGGAUUUUGAUGACUCGUGGUAGCGGAGGGACCAAUCAAAAUCUCCGGCUUCUAGCUUUGAAUGAAACUUUCUCCAGGGGAAAGGGCUUAAGGGUUGGUGCUGAAAGAGCCUGGGGUGGAGAGGGUGAUGUUCUAUUAUUCAUGUGUGACGUCGACGUCGUAUUUAGUGCAAGAUUUCUAGAUAGGUGUCGAUGGAACACAGCUCCAGGGCGAAAGGUCUAUUAUCCUAUUGUUUUCAGCCUCUAUAAUCCGCACGUAGUAUACACACUUCAGGGACGCGAAGUGCCACCUGAAACGGAUCAGUUGGUUAUAUCAAGAGACACUGGGUUUUGGAGGGAUUUUGGCUAUGGGAUGACAUGCCAGUACAGAUCCGAUUUUUUGAGGGUUCGGGGUUUUGACGAGGAUAUCGUUGGCUGGGGUGGAGAGGAUGUUACUUUAUAUCGAAAAUACGUGAAAAGCAACAUAAAGGUCGUUCGGGCUACAGACCCAGGGAUUUUUCAUAUUUGGCAUCCCAAGGUGUGUUCGGGAGGGCCAGGUCAGCGAUUAUCAACCGACCAGUACCGGGCAUGCAUCCGAUCAAGAGCCCUAAAUGAGGCCUCACACGCCCAACUUGGUUUCCUAGCUUUCCGAGAAGACAUUGCUAGUCAAUCUUUGAACCUCAAAUCCUCAUCUUUAAAAAAAAAGAAAGCGACAUCGAAAAAUGAUAAGAAAAAGUUACCAAGGCAGCAGACCAAACCCCAAGCUCAAAUAAAGACGAAGCCAGUUGGUAGGACGUCCAAGGAUCAUACUUGAUCCAACAAAGCAGAUAGUCAAAAAUUCUGACUGUAAAUAUCGUGUAUAAAGAAGAAAGAAUCCGAAAAACUUUAAAGUUUUCGCGCAUUGUUACGUUUGUCCCGUCAUUAUUUUCAAGGAGCAUAUCAGCUCAGAAAGUAUCAGGAGAACUCAUCAGUAUCUUCCGAAAAAAGAAACUGUCCAAAGAAAUUCUACGAUGUUUACCAAAAAAAACUCUAGUCACUGCAAGAAUUUAUUUUCCAGAUUUUCGAAAAAAUUUGAAAAAUUAGACGUGGGUAGCUGCAAAAUUGAAAUCUUUAAAUGAAAAAUCUGAAACCUAUGCUAAGUGGCAGGGCCGUGUCACCAAAUGUCUGGUGCCUUGAGUUUAUCACGAGCUUGUUGAAUUCGAAUUUCACGAAAACAUGAUUCAAUUUUUCAUACUUCUAACCUAUGAUAAAAGCGUUAUGCCGUUGUAAAUAUUUACGGAAGAGCAGUUUCAUUUUUAUC